CACAAUCAGAGUGAAGCAUUCGCAACGACAAGAUGUAUUUCAUUGAAUAAAUUGAAUGAUUGAAUAAAUCUGUUUGAAAUUGAAGUGUUUCCUUUGAAUUUGGAAUUGAAGUGAAAUUAAUUACAAGAUGACGGUGAAUUUUAAAUCGUUUUUCAUUCUCAUAUUAUUAUUUAAAUCAAUUGCAAUGAAUGCAGACGGAUUGGAUUCAAAUAAUCUUAAAUCACCUUAUCCUUUCAAUUAUUUAAUUUGGUGGAACAUUUUUCAUCCAAUUUAUCCAGUUUAUCCAGUUUAUCCAGUUCAUCCAGUUCAUCCAGUUCAUCCAGUACAUCCAGUACAUCCAGUACAUCCAGUACAUCCAGUACAUCCAGCAAUGGAAAUACCGGAAGAAACUGAGACCCCAUUGGAACUUGAAGUUAAGUGCAAUUAUGCCUGUGUGCUUGUCAAUGGUGUGGAUGAUUUUGGAGAGUGCAAUAGGAUUUGUGCAAAUUGUAGAAGAGAUUGCGCGCGUCUAAAAAAAUUCUGUGACGAUUUAUUCUACUAUCCGCCAGAAGAAUGUGUAAGACAGGAACGUAUGUGCUGCAGAGUAGGUUGUGUCGAGAUUUGGAAGCCAUAAAACUAAAUUACAAGGCAGCAUAAAUAACAAACAAUAAAAAACGGACUCUUAAAAUAAAAAAUAAUGGCAUUCAUAUCCGUUAAGGUAUACACCAUUGAAAAGAUGUUCAAUCAGCUCUAAGUUUUUUUAUCCCGUCAUUUUUAAUUGUUCACUAGAUUGAUACAUUUUUUCCUCUUCAUAUUUUUAUAAUAUAUUCAUACGUGACUGGGUUGGCACAAUAGAUCCACGCUAAAAAAAACAUUUGUCGUUUUUCUUAACACUAUGACCGUUCCUCGGGCAUACAAUGCCCGUGGCGACUUUGAAAUACAAAUAAAAGUAACAAAAACCAAAAAAAAAAUUGAAA